UGCGGCGCGUCCCAGCACCGUUACGUUAGAUAUGGGGCAUGCGGCUCACUGCAUCGGGGUCUUCAUCAUCUGCUGCUCUUCGCAGCACUUUGGAUAUGCUUGGAAUGACCCCGUAGUCAAAGGUGAUGCUCCCACGACGAUCCUAGCUCCAGACGGUGGAAGAGCUGUUAUUCCGUGCCUAGUGAAGCUGGAGUUAGAGAACGACUCUGCGGUUUUGGUGCGCUGGUUCCGGGGCAACCAGACGGAACCAUUUUACGUGCUCGACUCCCGGACGAGGAGAGGCGGACUCUCCAAAGGACGACACUCCAGGGACGAGGCUUGGAAGGGACGGUCUUUUUUCUCCGUUCUCCAGGAUCCUCCCAGCCUGAAGAUUAACAGGGUGUAUUACGAAGAUCGGGGUAUUUUUCUCUGUGAUCUACUCUAUGCUAGUGGCCGUACACACAGCACCGUUGUAUUCUUGGCUGUCUACGAUCCUCCGAAAGAAUUCUCCAUCAAGGACAUAAACGGUGACAUCUUAGACGAGACAGCGGGGCCGUACACAGAAGGUGAUGAUCUGCUUCUCAACUGCGAGAUAGUUGGAGGAAAGCCAAGGUUCCAUUCGACGUGGCAGAACAGCCUCGGUGCCCCGAUGAACGUAAGUGCAAUCGAAGAAGGCGAUAUGCAGAAGACAUUCCUGAGGAUACAACCUUUGAAACGUCAUCAUGAGGGCCUCAACGUCACCUGUGCUGUUGCAACGUACGACGGCCUUUUCGAGAGGUCACUCACCGUCCACGUACGACUACUCUUCCCACCACUGACAACAGAGAUGGUAGCCAGUCACAAGGAGCUGUACUUCGGCGAACCUGCAGAGUUCCUGUGCACGACGAGAGGCUCGCGGCCACCCGCUGAUAUCCGCUGGUGGUUCGGCGCAGAGCCCUUAGAGCCUUACCAGUACCGCACGACGAGCGAUGCAAACGGAACCAGUAGCUUCGUAUUGGUUACGCCGACGAAGGAACGCAAUGGGGAACGUCUAAAGUGCACCGCUUUCAACAAAAGCCUUCGCGGCAGUGAAGUCUCCGCCGAUGUCCUACUUGAAGUAAAAUAUAAACCUCAGGUGACACUGGAAUUUGGAGCCGGUCUGAGGGAGUCGAGAAUUUUCGAAGGACACGACAUAUUCUUCGUGUGCAACGCUUCAGCAUACCCGAGCAUAACCGACGUCGUGUGGGAGUUCAAUGGUUUCCCAGUUGCACAGAACGACUCCAACAGCGGCUUUCUUAUCGUCAACCAGAGGUACCUCGUGCUAAGGAACGUCCAGUCGUCAGAUUCCGGCAACUACUCGUGCAGGGUGACCAAUCCAGAGGGCGUGUCAACUAGCAAGACACUGCGCCUCCGGAUACAACAUUCUCCUCGAUGCCGGCACACUCAGAGACACCAUUACCAAAUAGUGUAUACAACACCUUUCGAAGAGGUCUCUCUGGCCUGCGAAGUGGACGCCGACCCUUCCACCAACCUGUCUUUCCGAUGGUCCAUGAAAGAAAGUCACUGGGGUGAGGUUGCCAUCAGGGAGGCGACAUUUGCACGGAACUUCGACAACUUAGCCAGAACGCACGGCUCACGGAGUGUGCUCACGUUUGUGCCCCUGCCAGAGGAACUUCACUCUACAUUUCAAUGCUGGGCUCGAAACGAAGUAGGAAUUCAAAAGAAGCCGUGCCUGUUUCGAUUAUUGCCAAAAGAACAACCAAGCACCACAAGAGAAUGCCUGGUGCUGAAUAAGACCCAUUCUUCUUUCUUCAUCGAAUGUCAGCGAAAAAGCAAUGAUCAUCACACCUUUGUUCUGGAACUACGAGACGCUUCAAACAACGUACUUAUCAAGCGGAUCAUGUCUCCAUCUCCAAGGUUUCAUGUUAGCGAACUAGAACCUGGGUUCCAUUACACUCUCCUUGUGUACACUACAAAUGGAAUUGAAAACAGCAGUUUUCUAAAUAUUACAAUUUCUUCGAUGAGAGCGGCAAUGCCGACAACGUUGAACGGAAGUAGUGAUGAACAGACGACUGCGCUUGGACCAAUACUUGGCCCGACAGUGAGCUGUCCUCUGCUCCUUGGAUUAAUUAUCUUAGUCGUGUGUUACUUUAAAAGGCGACGAAGACACGAGGACAAGCUUCCGCAUCAAGAAAUGAGAAGUGAUGGAAGUGAGAUGUUUUCCAUUCCACUCGGUGCACAGAGGAAGGUGGAAUACAAACACGAGAACAUUGAAACAGUGGAAGUGGUGACACAUUACCACAAAGAUGUUUGUGAAAAACUGCCUCUACAAAUGUACGGCAGCGUGUUAUUAUAACGAGAAAGAAAUGUGUAAAUAUUGUACCAUAUGUAACAUAUGUAACAUACAAUGAUACCUUUUUA